CCGCGUGACCGGAAGUCCGCCCCGGGGACGUCGGCGCGCGGGUGGCGCAGGGCGCCGUGACGGCGGCGGGAGCGGCUCGGCGGGGCGGCGGUGCGAUGGAGCCCGCGGCCAAGGGUGGCUUCGUUCUCGGUAACCUGGCGGAGGUGGUGGAGCGCGUCUUCGGCUUCCUGCCCACCAAAGCGCUGCUGCGCGCCGCCUGCGUGUGCCGGCUGUGGAGGGAGUGCGCCCGGCGCAUCCUGCGGGCGCGGCAGCGCGUCUCCUGGGUGUCGGCGCUGGAGCCGGGCCCCGCCGGGGGACACGCGCUGGUCCACGCGCUGGCCCGCGAGCUGGAGCAGGUGCACGUCCUGCCCCAAACCGUGCUCUAUAUCGCCGACGCGGAGACAUUCAGCGGGCACGAGGAGUGGCACGAGCAGAAGAAAGCCAGGAAAAGAAACAGUAGAGAAACAGCAAUUGCGCUUGAAAAACUGUUGCCAAAGCGAUGUCAGGUCCUUGGACUGGUCACCCCAGGGGUUGUAGUUACCCCAAUGGGUUCAAGCAGCAAUCAUCCUCUAGAAAUCGAAGAGGGUGAAGCUGGGUUUGCUCUGUUGUUUCCCAAAAUCGAUGGGGUGAAAAUACAUACCUUCCAUUUUUCAAAAGAUGUGAAGAACAGGGUCUUUGACGAAAGUAAAUUUGCUGAAGCAGGGCUGAAGAAUAACCCAGAUCUCCGGGUGGUUCUUCUGUUUGGCUACAACUCCUGGAAGUCUGGUGCAACUCGAUUUCUGCAUCAAAUAGUCAAUCCUUUGAAUGAAAAAAGUAUCAUCCUGGCUGGGGGACAAGUGGAGAGCUUUACAUCACUCAUCUCUGAGAAUAACAGCGUCCAGCCUGGCGAUGCGUGUGGUGUGGUGGGGCUGGCUUUCAGUGGUCCCCAGAUCCAGAGUGCCACUGUCUUGUUAGACCAGGACGUAGCUGAUGAGAGGACAGCAGAAGCCGCCAUGCAGCGUCUCAAAGCCGCAAACAUCCCCGAGCAUAACACCAUUGGCUUCAUGUUUGCAUGUGUUGGCAGAGGAUAUCGGCAUUAUAAAACCAAAAGGAAUAUGGAAGCGGAUGCGUUCAGGAAGCUUUUUCCAAAUGUUCCCCUCUUCGGCUUUUUUGGACAUGGGGAAAUAGGAUGUGAUCGAAUAGUUACUGGGAAUUUCGUAUUGAGAGAAUGUAAUGACAUAAAGGAUGACCUGCUUCACGGUUAUACCACCGUUAUGACUCUUAUUCAUCUUGGUUCACCUAAAGCAAACCAAAUUUAAAUAUGUUUUCAGUGAGCUGUUGGUUUCAUUCCAGAAAGCUGAGAAGUCCGGAAGAGUGGACACCUUGCAAUCAAAGCCCUUUGCAAAAUGUAAACAUAAUUUUGGUAAUAUAAUUGAAUCUUGUAGUCGGAAUAGAGUUCCUUAUGACAGCUGCAAGAAAGCUUUGCAUUUUGUGUAAUCUCCUGUAUACAUCAGAAUUGCAGGUAAACGAGAUUUGAUGGAUUUUUGCAAUUGAAGAAAGCCUCUUCCAGAUUGAGAAUAGUUUGCACAAAUGGCAGUUGGAGUCCAGAUAUCAACAUGUAGAAACGAGCAGUACUUUCAUGUGCUCUAUUUAGGUAUGUAAAACAGUCUAGAAAAACUACUGAUGCAUACUGAAAUGCUGAUACUUAAAAUCCACCAUUUCCUGGAUUUUAUUUCAAAAGAGGUGCAGAACCUGCCCAGAGUUCUAUUUACAUAAGUCUUCAGAGAAAAAUAGGAAAGUGCUCAUUAAAUAAAGAUGCAAAUACAGAAAAAGUACCUUGCCUUCUAUUCUUAGAGAAAAAGCUCUAAUUUAAAGAGAUGUUGUCCAGUUAUAAACUCGUCUCACCAUCUUGAACUGAAUUUCAAUUGUCUUAAAUAUCUGUUUUAGAAUAAUAUCUGAUACCAGCAGUUUCAGUCUUUGUGUAUUUUGGUUUACGCAAUCAAAAUGCACUGGUUGCCUUUUCUUUUGGAUUCUCUUGUGGCUUGAUGCUCUCUAUUAUAAACCUUUAAAUCCAGAGUACUGAAAAUGAGAACCACCUGGUAUCUUUAUGUUCCCUUAAAAAGCUUUUUGCUUUUUUAAUUUGAAAUUGUGGGGAACACAAGACCCAAUUAUAUUCUAUUUAUAUAGAACCUUUAAACUUUUAAAGCAUGUUUCUCCCAUGCUUUUACAUCAGUCACCUGUUUUGAUUGCUGCAGCUGGCAGGAAGUAUUGCAAAGUUCCAACUAAGUAAAUGCAGCAUAGUCUCAGUAUAGCUAAUACUAUAUUUUCUUCCUUUGAAAUUAUUUUCUCCCUUUUAUUUUCACUUAUUAAUAGAAUGACAAGAAAAUAAGAUUAAUUUUGCACCAUUUUAUCACACUUCUAACUGUCAAAUGAGGCAGCUGGCCCGUUUUCAGUGUAGUAAAGAGAAAAUACUUAGCUGUAUGUUGUACAACAAAAAUAACGGUAUUUUGCUUUAAAUGUAUAAAUCAAGACUACAGUUGGCAACUUUUUGCCGUUAAAACUUUUCCUGAACUUGGCCUGACGAGCUAAGGUAGAAUCAUAUCUGUCCUUAGAGUGAACUGUGGGUUUCAGUGGGUGCUGAGCACAGACAGCACUUGCCCGUGCCUGUGUUGAUGUUUUUGAUUUGAAGACAGAGGAUGAGCUGUGAACUCCCAGUGGCCUGUAGGGAUAAGGGUGUAUGUAGUAAGUGUGGGUGUGAACUGGAAAACGUUUAGUGACUGCAUUCAGAUGGAAAGGUAUUUGGAAAUGGAGUAUGCUUGAAUUUUAAGAGAAGCCUCUCUGUGGGAGGUGGAUACAUGUUUUCUCUUUUCAGCAUAACUGGAAUGUCACGUUUGGCCUGUUCUGUCUGCAUAAGAUACAUGUUUAACAGGAGGCAAAGAAAAUGUUGCAUUUCUGUAACAUAGACAGGAUUACUGGAGCUGUUAGUGUGAGUUAGGGCUUGUUGGAUCGCUGCUAGCCUAAGUCCAUGAACUUUAACUAACUUUUUGCAGUAGUAGAAGUAGAUGAAAUACGAUCAACCACGUGUCCUGAACUACAGUGCAGACAUGUCCAGAAGUGUCCAAAGAAGCAGCUGGUGAUUUCCAGUGAUGGCGCAGCAAAACGGGAAAUGAGAGUAUGGUUUGAAGGAGCUAAUCAUCAGCGAGGUCCUGUAGCUGUGGACACUUAAAAGGUAAACAUAGUACAGAGAAGAUGCUGGGUGGGAACCCUGAGAGCCUGCACAAGAGUCCAGGAUCAUUUUUCCAGCCUCAGGGGCUGGGAUAAGCCCAGGGGAGCCCAGAACCACACACUGCAUGGUUGGAACUGCUAUGCUCUCUCUCCCGGAGUGCGUCACGUCUUCCAGGUUACAGGGAAGCGGUGUAUUGAUAAACUGCAACAUCCGUGAUUAAAGUGUUUUGCUACCCAAAUUAA